GCGAGGCGUGAGGUCGUGUCGUUACCGGAGCGCCAUGUUCGCGUAAACAAAAGAAAUCAUUUCAGCACACACACACAAAACAACUAUGCGCUUUCACACACAAACUGACCACCACAGGACACAAAAACAAUAUGUUUAGAAUUAAUACGAGACACUGAGACCACGCCGAAGCUCUCCAUAAUGCCUUUUCCAAUUAUGAGUCAGGCGCAACCGGCCCAGGACACCCCAAAGCAUUAUGGGAUCACGUCGCCCAUCAGCAUGGCUCUGCCGAAAGAGUCGGACCUGGUGCAGACGCAGAAACUGGUGCAGGCGCUGAAGCCUUUCGGUGUGUUUGAGGAGGAGCUGGAGCUGCAGCGGAGAAUCCUGGUUUUGGGGAAACUGAACACGCUGGUCAAGGAGUGGAUCCAGGAUAUCAGCACGUCCAAGAAUAUACCUCCAUCAUUGAUCGAAAAUAUUGGUGGAAAAAUAUUUACAUUCGGGUCCUACAGGUUAGGAGUUCACACAAAAGGUGCUGAUAUAGACGCUCUGUGUGUCGCCCCUCGACAUGUGGAUAGGUCCGACUUCUUCACCUCUUUUUACGAGAAGUUAAAAGAGCAAGAGGAGGUCAAAGACUUAAGGGCUGUCGAAGAGGCGUUCGUCCCUGUGAUUAAACUGUGCUUCGAUGGCAUUGAGAUUGAUAUCCUGUUUGCUCGGUUAGCGCUGCAGACCAUUCCAGAGAACCUAGACCUGCGGGACGAUAAUUUACUGAGGAACCUGGAUAUCCGAUGUAUUAGGAGUCUGAACGGUUGCAGGGUGACGGAUGAGAUUCUCCACCUGGUGCCCAACAUUGAGAAUUUCAGACUCACUCUUAGGGCCAUCAAACUGUGGGCUAAACGCCACAACAUAUAUUCGAACAUCUUGGGUUUCUUGGGCGGCGUGUCGUGGGCGAUGCUGGUGGCGAGAACGUGUCAGCUUUACCCCAACGCUGUGGCUUCAACCCUCGUGUACAAGUUCUUCCUAGUGUUUUCUAAGUGGGAGUGGCCUAAUCCAGUCCUUUUGAAGCAACCAGUGGAGUGCAACCUCAGCCUGCCAGUGUGGGACCCAAGGGUAACCCCGAGUGACCGGUACCACCUCAUGCCCAUAAUCACACCAGCUUAUCCUCAGCAAAACUCUACCUACAAUGUGUCCGUGUCCACCAGGAAUGUCAUGAUCGAAGAGUUCAAACAGGGUCUGGCCAUCGUGGAUGAAAUACUGCAGAACAAAGCAGACUGGUCCAAACUAUUCGAAGCUCCAAACUUCUUUCAGAAAUACAAGCAUUAUAUUGUGUUGCUAGCAAGUGCGCCCACUGAGAAGCAGCACCUCGAGUGGGUCGGCCUCGUCGAGUCUAAGAUCCGAAUCCUGGUGGGAAGCCUGGAGAAAAAUGAGUUCAUCACUCUCGCACAUGUGAAUCCACAGUCGUUCCCAGGACCCAAGGAGAGCAAUAAAACGCCAGAGUUCAGUACAAUGUGGGUCAUUGGUAUCGGGUUCAGGAAAAUGGAGGGGUCUGAACAUCUUAACGUCGACUUGACAUACGAUAUACAGUCAUUCACAGACACGGUGUACCGUCAGGCCAUUAGCAGCAAGAUGUUUGAGACUGACAUGAAAAUAACGGCGAUGCACGUGAAGAGGAAGCAGCUUCACCAGCUCCUGCCAGACCUUGUUAUCCCAAAAAGGAGAAAGCAUUCGACUGAAGGCCUGCGUGCUGUGAAUGAGGGCAGUGUGGACUUGUCUCUGGACAGUGAUAACAGCAUGUCCAUGCCCUCACCCACCGGUACCUCCAGCUCUGCCAGGACUUCCUUCUCUGCCAGUCCUCACCGCUCCACAGGGACCACUGCCAGCUCAGAUUCUCAGGGGAAGACGGACACCUCGGGAGGCGUGAAUCCUACUGCAGCGUGUCUGACAGAGCCGAAGACCUCCAGCGGGAGCAGUCCUCCUCAGGAACGGAGGAGACCGGGCUCACCCCUCCAUGAUGAGAACUCCAAGAAUCUCCAAUUGCAGGAGCAUUCGACUGCGAAUGAGGGCUGUGUGGACAUGUCCAUGGACAGAGAUAACAGCAUGUCCAUGCCCUCGCCCCCCAAGACAUCCUUCUCUGCCAGUCCUCAUCGCUCCACAGGGACCAGUGCCAGCUCAGAUUCUCAAGGAAAGAUGGACACGUCAGUAAGUACGGGUCCUGCUGCAGCUUGUCCUUCAGAUAUGAAAAUCCCCAGUCCUGCUAGUGCAGGGAAGAGACCGAGCUCACCGCUGAAUGAUGAGCAGGCCAAGAAGCUCAGAUUAGAGGAGGAUUCUACCUCAGAAUCCGCGGACCAGGCUGCUGAAUUUUCUCAGGCUAGCGAUUUCACCUCUUUAGACGGAGAGGUGAAAAUGGAGACCGAGGCAGCGGAGUCGGAUGCAGAAGGGAAGAUACCACCGUCUCGGAAAACGUCCAGCACUGAUCUAUCUGAUGUUCCUCUUCCUCCGGCUAACCCCAUCCAAGUGGUGAAAAACUCCAUAAAGCUGAGACUGAAUAGAUAGAAUCAGUCAGGCCUCUCAUUCAACCUGCCUUCACAAUAGCAAGUAACAAGCUGGCGGUCGAUUAUGUAUUUGCUGUGAAAGUGCUCAACGUUGAGUCGCAGUGCUGGCGACAGGGUGUAAAUCAAUGUUUUAAUUAAGAUCUUCUUAAUUGUAUGCAAUUUAGUUAUGACGGUGUAACGCAACAGAUUCAAACGAUUCCUCGGACGUGACCAGUACGAGAACCCCCCCCCCCCCCCCCACUCUCUCUACUUGGAAGAAGAGCUCGUACUGACCUCAGUAUUAAAAUACAGAAAUAGUGCAGUGAUGUGUAGAAAUUACACAGUAAACUGUUUAUAACUCGGCAAGAAACAUUUUAUACAGUAACUGUAGCCGUUGCUACUUGCCGACUGUAGAAAGUUGAACUGGCUUGAGCGAUUUGUCACUUGCGUUAAAGAGCCUAGACCAAGGCCCCAUAGCUGCACUGUCUCGUACAGAGCACCCUUUCAACACUCCUCGAAGGCUUCCUACACAGAGUUUGAUUCGAUCCACCAGAGGGCGACUCUGCACUUCUGUAAAUUCCCUGAUGACUCUACCACCACUUCUUGCCUCCACGGAGAAAAUAACUGAAUACGUGUUUUUUUUCUUUUUCUUUUCUUUUUCUUUUUUUUCUUCCUUCCAUGCGCCCACAACCUCAUUGUAACGACUAGACGUGUGUAUGCGCAUAAAACUUUAUUCGCAUCUUCCUGUACGUCCUUGGACACGGAUGGCGUUUCUUGAAAACGAGCGUGCUUUUCAUUUUUGUGAUUGUGUAUUAAUGUGGCAUAUUUUAUAGAGGGAUUGGGAGCCAAUCCGCUGUAUAUGAAGAUUAUUAAGAGAUCAGGAUCGAUUAAACCGCAUUAAGUUCAUCAGGACUAACGAACAUUUUAUAUAAAAUGUAAAGAGAUGUGAGAGAGAAUAUUUGACCAAAAUAAUCUCUAAACUGAGAUUAUACCAUUUAAACAUGUUUCGUCGUGACAGCAUCAGGCGGUCGCUAUAACAUCAGGUCUAACUGCUAGAUUCAUUUUAUUUUAUUUUAUUUUCCAUUUGUUGUCGUCUUUUACCUUGUGUAAAUCCUUUAUAAUGAAAAUGUGACAAAAAAAAUUAUGCAUUUAUUUGCUUUGGGUCUUUUCUUUUUUUAUGUCAGGAUUUUUAUUACUAAUCUGAAAUCAGUGAUUCAUAUUUAAAUGCAUUUUGAUCUCGCGUUAUUAGUACAUAAGCCCAGAUAUUUUCUGUCUCAAACUCUUGGAAGUGAUGAGAUGGAAAUCAGAGCAGUCGCAUAUAAAGCUUGGAAUUAAUAAUAGUUUUUGAUGCAGAAUGAUUUAGUUGAUUUCACGAGAUGUGCACAGGCUUUUCGCUGAUACGUUAGGAGAUUUGUUUGUCUUAAUUACCUUUGUAAAUUGUAUGGAGACACAACAGUACAGCUGCUCCAGUAUUGCUGUUUAUUCCACUAUGUACAAAAGCAUAACUCUUUGGUUUCGUCAAAUCCUCAGUUAUUACUUCACUUCUCGCAGGCUAAUUUGUAAAAAAAACAAGCUGUUGUGUUUUUAUUUUGUUUGUUUGUUUUUUUUUGCCACAAAUAAAGUUGUACAAAAUUA